UUUUUUGGAACAAGAAAACUCCCGAGCGGAACAACAUGGCGUCGGGUGGAAGCAACAGAGAUAGAUUUCCACAGUUCACAUCGUCGAACUAUGAAAUCCCCUCGUGGCAGGUAGAAUGGAAUAAGCCGUGGUAUCAGCAGUUUCAGGAGAAACGAAAUGCCCAAAGCAAUUACAAUUCGAGGGGACAUGUUGUAAAUUGUAAAUGUUCGCUAUGCGAAGAAGACAUGGAAUCUGCAUUUUGCCCGCAAGAGAGUGGCGUAGCACAUAAUUUUAAACUUUCUAGAGAUGAGAUCGGUGGAGAAAUAUUUCCCCCGAAUGAAAAGCUGGAAAAGCCGCAAAACCAAAGAACGGAAAAUGUGAUUUUAUUCUCCGAUUUACCGGAAGUAGUACCAUCAACGUCAGCGUCUGCUGAAACCGAAGUUCCCGAAGAAAUUCAUUUUAGUGCGUCAUCACAGCACAAUUCCAACUCGUCAGCAUCAUUCGAAAGUUCUACGAACAUCGACACAGAUGCAUUAUUUAACAACAUUGGCAGUCUAUCUGCUGUUCAAUCGAUAUCGGAUCGAGUUACAGAUCUACAAACGCAGGUGGAAAAUUUCUCGGGUGAGAAAGACAGUCGCGAGUUUAUAGUCUUACGAGGUUUGCUCGUAGCCACCCUAGCUGAACUGAACCGUAUCGACGCAGUUGGCAUCAGAUGGCUCCAGCAGGCAAAAAGUAUCGCUAUGGAGUCAAUUCAUGAUCUGCUGAACCAAUUAAGAAGCAAAAUCAAAGAAGAAGAUGACUACUGAAGAACAUGCUCUGCUUUCAAUUGAAAUCUCGUGAUUCUACGCACGCUUCGAAUACUAUUGUUUUAUCAGCGCUAAUUAAUUUUUGUUGAUAACAUCCGGCCCAAUCACCGCGUGAAAGUUCUCGCGAAGUUUCGAAAACGUGAUUGUAAAAGCACCUGAUGCGUAGCUUAAGAUUUUUCACGCAACAUGCGCCAACCAGGUGGGCUGGGAAAGUAAUCUCAAGAAACGCACCGCUGCAUGCAAAUGCCGGGGUUAUUUUAAGGUAGUUUUAUUCGUUUCAACCUCAGCGAACCGUCAUCAUUAUCAAAGAAAAGCGGAUAUCACAGCGCCGAUAUUUUGGAGCUGUAAAUAACAUACUGUUCUGGGACAGAUAUACCCUUCGCGGUUUAUCGAGGAUAUUAAUAAGUAAGAAUAAAAGGUAUCGACUUUUCUAGAGA